AUGCUUAAUCAUAGAUAUUUGUGCUUUCUCCUGUCUACUGAGUGUUUAGAAAAUCAAAGAGCAAACAAGUAGGUUGAUGUCAUGAUCUGGCAGGAUGUCGUUGUCUUCUGCUGGGAUUCCCUUCACUAUGUCAAGUUAAUGUAGCAAUUCUGAGCUUUUUUUGAAUCAUGAAACUCCACAGUGGCUUUAAACGCGACAUGGCGCUUCUAUAAAGCAGAAGUUUAUAGUAUUUCGAAUUAGAAAAAAAAAAAAAGGACUUUAGUCGCAAAAAACGGGUUAUGAAACACGGGAUCCUUGGGUUUCACAACAGGGCUGAAAGCGGUGCUCUCCUCCAAUCGCGAAGCCUGCUGCGGCGUCACGUGACUUUUAUUUAUGUAACGUAAUGGGGUUACACAGUAACUGAGCUUCGUGGCUGUGGAUACGUUGCUACAGAGGUUACAAACGGACAGAGACACCUGAGUAAGGGAAGGAAACAGUAAAUGUGCGCUUUUAUUGACCCAGCUGUUCGGUCCGGUUGGCUCGGUGCUGUUUGGAGUUUGGAGCGUCGAGGCGAGCGGUGCGUCGCACUGGGAGUUGCGGUGUCCAUUUAAACUGUCUGAGAAAGGGAAGAUGCUGCUCGAGCCGAACCAAAGACUCGCCAAAUGUUCGAAAAGACAAUGUCAAUGAAUAGCUUCGGUUUGAAAAGUGAAUCUAAAAGGUGAGCUCUUGAGGAGGGGGGACUCACAAACCAGUCUGUUCGCUGGUCGUCGGUAUGUUACUUGAAAGCACUGUGCAAUAUUGACCCCCUCCUUGGUCUCCCGCCCCCUUUGGGUUCGCUUUGACGGACAAAGCUUGAAACUCUCCCCGCGCUGCAUCGUUCAGAAACGCAGGUUUGACUCAUGGAUCUGCUGGAGUGCCCGCACUGCCUCUUCCCAAUGUGCGAGCCGGUGACCGUUCCGUGCGGCCACACGUUCUGCCGGAGGUGCGUGGGGGGCUACCUCCCCUCCAAAUGCCCGCUGUGCAAAGAGAGGCUGAAACAAAAGGAGGCGAGGAGCACCAAGAACAACGUUCUGCUCAUCGGGGUCAUCGAAAAGUGCUGGCCCGACGAGACGAGAGUGAAGUGCCACAUCCAGGAGAAGCUCAAAGCGAACGAGUUCCCGGAAGCUUUACGCAUGGCCAAUGAGGGGCUGCACUUAGUCCCGGACAAUCAGAGUUUGAAGUUGUUCAGAGCUGAAGCUAACCUGGGCCUGCUGCGGUUCUCCGAUGCUCUGACGGACCUCGACUACCUCUGCUGCCUUCAACCCAACUGGACAGAAGGCUUUUUUCGUAAAGGAAAUGUACUGCUGGAAAUGGGUCAGCAGAAGGAAGCCCUGAUCCAGUUCCACCGUUGCCUAAAACUCCAAGCUGACUUUGUUCCUGCAAAGAGCCAGAUCAAGAAGGUUCUGCAGGUAGAGGGGAUAGCCGUGCCGGAGGAGGUGCCAUGCAUUCUGCAGCUGGUUUCCGAGUUCUUGACAGAUCCCUGCCCCAUCACCACCCUCAGUGGCUCUCAGGCGCCGACACAAGGAGAAGCCAAGCACCCAAACGUAGACAGGAGAGAAGCACACAAGAUGAAGCAUGACGCAGGUACCGAGUGCUGCCUCAGCCUCUGCCAAGCUGUUUCCUUCCUGCCUGCUGCCGAGGAAGACGAGGAAAUGAUGAUGAGGAAGGACGAAUGCCAAGGUAGAGGUGAAAGUCAAGCGCACAGAGAGGAAACGCUGGCUGUGCUCACCGUGUCAGACUUUGAGUGCCCUCUCUGCAUAAGGCUGUUUUUUGAGCCUGUCACAACACCCUGUGGUCACACUUUCUGCAAAAACUGCAUCGAGAGGAGUCUGGACCACAACGUACGGUGUCCACUCUGCAAACAGCCGUUGCAAGAGUACUUAAAAAACCGAAAGUACAACCCCACAACUCUUCUGCAGGAGAUCAUGGAGCAACUUUUCCCCUCUCAGUUGGCUGAAAGGAAAACGGUUCACGAUGCAGAGAUGGCUGAACUUUCCAACCUUACCAAGGACAUCCCCAUAUUUGUCUGUACGGUGGCCUUCCCUGGAGUGCCGUGCCCACUGCACAUCUUUGAGCCUCGUUACCGGCUGAUGAUGCGCCGCUGCAUGGAGACCGGCACCAAGAAGUUUGGGAUGUGCAGCUAUGAGCAUGGCAAAGGUUUCGCCGACUACGGCUGUAUGCUGGAGAUCCUCGACAUGGAGCGGCUGCCUGACGGGCGAUCUUACGUUGAAACCGUGGGCGGCAGCAGAUUCAGAGUGCUCAAAAGAGGUCAGAGGGACGGCUAUCACACGGCCGACAUCGAGUACCUGGAGGACGUCAAGGUGGACGGUAGCGAGCUGGAGCUUUUGCAGCGUCUUCAUGACAGUGUGUACCAGCAGGCCCAGGACUGGUAUCAGCGCGUGGGCAGCCGCAGCCGCGAGCACAUAAACAGACAGCAUGGCAGCAUGCCAGAUAAGGAGGCAGACAUUCAGGUCUCGACUAACGGUCCGGCCUGGUGCUGGUGGCUCCUGUCGGUGCUUCAGCUGGACCCCGCCUAUCAAACCACCUUCCUGUCACUGACCUCUCUCAAGGACCGCCUGGGACACCUCCGCCUCGUCCUGGAGUACUUUUCUCAGAGCUAGAACCCGGAGCACAACCGCAGCCUACCUAGGGUUCAACAUGACACGCACGUAAAGUGAAACCAGCGCAUUCACGCACAAGUGCACAACUCACCACGGGGUUCGGAAUUGACCUAAACAAGGGGACGGUUUUAAAGUCCAACCUGGCCAUAAGGAGAAACCUAAGGAUUUGACUAGAGAACUCAUUGCAGACUUGGAAUUUCUGCUGUUUGAUAUUGCAAAUAGAUCUUUAAAUACUUUUGUAUCAGUAAGAACUUUGGGGUUCACCAAAGACAACUCUUUUUUUUCGGGUCAUUAAAGGUUGUUAUACAUGGGGAGUUUAAACCAGGUCACGUUUCCAAAUGUGCUACAGAUGGAGACUGGGUGAGUUUUCUCUCUCCUCACUACAAAAACAAAGAAUCUAAAAAAAGCCUGUUUAGCCUGUUAGGAGAAGACUCUUUGCAUUAACUUAGCUACAGGUGGAGAUAACGAACAUACUGUAUAUGGCACACAUUAUCUGGAGAGGAUUUCUUUGAGGGCCAUGAUGAUCGUUUUUGAUAACCCAAUAUCGUUCUUUGAAACAGGCAAUACUUGUCUGAUCUAUUGGCCUUGGUAGUCAUUGAACAUGGCUAAUUUUAUACAAAGAAAGAGUUUAAAAAGACCUAUUUGCAUGAAAAUAUCGCAAUAACAACGGAUUCUCUUACACAACAGCAGGUGGACGAUUUUGUUUCCUAAUCCACAAAAACUGCUGCUGCUCAGCAUUUUACCAUAGACAACCUUUUUUAUUUACUAAUGUGUAGAUUGGAUCGGCAAAUAAAAAGUGUAACAAGCGUGUUUUUUUUAGUGUGAGAACAGGUCGACAAGAAAAUAGCCUUGUGUGUGUUUGCAUUAGGUGUAAAUAUGGUUUUUUUUGUCCCCCGCUCUUUGUUCUUAAGUCAUCAUACCGUGUUGUCAGCACUGAUAUCAGCUACUGUUAUAGCACACAAAACUGUGCCAACACAUCUUGCGCAGGGACAGUCGUCAAGCAGUUUGGAUAAAAUGCUCCAGUUGAAGUCCGCGUCCCCAACGACGAGGGGACACCCACGACGGACGCGGCGCCUACCUCUGGCCCUUUGCUCCGACCUCUGCGUUGGUCCGGCUCAUCCUCCACCACCAGCUGUGGUGCCUUUGAGUUCCACGUUAUCAGGAGACCUGGAUGAAGUCUUAGGGGGGGGUCUACAAUACUUAAGAGGUGAACUGUUUGGUAUUUUCUGUUCGCUCUAGUGCUACAUUCCAUGGAAUGUUAAAGCUGUUAAGUUAAUUUACUAACAACUACGGGCAUAACUGGGUUUUAUUCUUAUUUUUUCACUUUCAUAUACGUGCCAUAGAAAUUUCUGUGUUGAAUGCUUCGAAGUUGUUAUUGUGUCACGGACUCAUGUAAAGAUGCCUUUUCGCAUGGUGGGGCAGUGAAUGACGGCAGACAUAACACUUGAAGCAGUCCGGCAAAGUCCAGCUAACUUUCUUAUUGAUGGCAGUUUCUUCAACUGACAGGUGGCGCUAAGCUUGUAUGGUAAUGUAUUUAUAGCUGUGGAUAAAAGGGGGUUCUUUGCUGCUUGAAAUAUUCCUCAGGAGGAUAAACUGAUGGAUAUGGAGCCCACCAGUGGUGA